CCUCCCCUCUCUGUCACACGCUUGUCCUGCGCCGCGCGCCCGCGCCCUCUCCACCCCCGCCGAGGAUGGAGGCUGCCGCAGCCGGAUUCGCAACCGGCGCACGGGGCGCAGCCGCGGCGCGUCCCUUCGGCCUCGACCUCCAGGCGGCGGCCGGAGGAGUGCGACGACGCCGCCGGGCCAUCCCCAUGCCCGCAGCGGGGCCCCGCGGCGGCCACCUCCCGCUCGCCACGGCACGCUCCGCCAUCUCCGCGGCGCACGGAGGGCUGGGAUCCGCCGGCGUUGUGACGGGGCUGGAUCCUGCUUUGGAGAUCAGUUCUCGCGCUGUGGGACUAGGCCCCGCUCGGUCUGCUUCCAUGAUCCAGGCAAGACCAAACGGGCACCUUGCGUGCGGCCGCCGGGUUUCCCACCUCCCGCUCCGAGGGUUUCGUCCCGGUGGCACCCAUCGCUCAGCAGCGGCGGUCGGAUUCGGAGGUGCGCCCAGGUGGUUGGUGGCGGCGGCGGCGGCUGCAGGAGGUGGCGGAUCCGGUAGCUUCGGCCGUACUUUUGCAGGCGUGCCGCUGCACAUCCAGGCGGUGUAUUCACCAUCGCGAGCUCAAGCCGUUGACAAGGGAGCGCCCUCCGAUGACAAGGGAGAGGAGAAGCUGAGUCCUAUUGAUGAGUUCAACGAAGUCCACCCAAGACUGAGCGCCGGAUGCAAGCUGGUAGCCAUGGGCAUGUGCGUGGUCUUCUGCUACAUCUCUGCUAAGGGUGAUCCCCGAGCUACACUGCUGGUAACUACACUCAAGGAUGCUGGUGAAGUCUCCAAGUUCCUGGCGGACGUUUUGGUUCUUCUGAAGAAGCUGUUCUUCCCUGGGUCAGGGCCCAAGAGGUGAUGGAGUGGCUCUGUCACGCUUCGUUGGAAAAAGACAAGAGCUGGCACCUGUGAAGAACGAUGCUAUACAGAAGUCCAGAUACUGAUACAAACUCUACAUAAGCACAGCAAGAUACUCCAGACUAUGAUUGGAUACCGAAAAUGUUUGGUUUGUGGCGGCCGUACCUCUGGUGGGCAAACACGAGAGACAUACGAACAAUGCCUUCAUGUUUUGCAUUGUUUUGUUUUUUCCCUGUAAAAACAUGUCCAUCGUUUCGUUUGCACCCCAUUGUGGUAUGUAUCGCCAAAUUAUCACAGUGCUUCACUCAAUUUGGUGUAAGCUGCGAGGAGAGUAUGAACUUA